AUGGCUCAGCGUCAGCUUUCGCAGACGCUGCCCAAGAACUUCACCUUCCCGUCGCUCAGUACCGAUGAGCCCAAGACCCCCGAACGCGAGUCCGCCCAGAUCGAAGUCCCACCUCCGCCGCGCCAUUCCUUCUCCAGUUGCCGUUUGCCUCGCGUGCGCGUCCGCUCCGGCACUGAUGUCUGCGAGCGCAUCAACUUGGACCUUUUCCGAUUCCAAGGUUCGCUCUCAUCACAGGAUGUCCCCGUGCCUUCUAUCGAGUACCCGCAAGGAAGCUCGCCCUCGGGCGCGACUUACUCCGACGACCUUGCAAAUGACGAUCGCUUCCUCGCGCCUCCUCGCCAGCGCUUGAUCUUCAAGACUCCCCCGGCCCAGGUUCGCGGCAUGCCUUUCGAUGGCAGCGACUCGGAGCAGAUGUGGCCUUCGUGGGAUGAGACUCCAGGUCUGGCGCGGAAUAUUAAGCGCCCGGGAACCGCCUGCUCUGAUUCCUCCUGCGAGUCCGUCGAGACUUAUGCCUCGCGCCCUUCCGUAGGAGGUAGCUGCACGAGUGUGGAGAGCGAUUCCUUCGACCACGCCUUUGUGCUCGAAAUCGCCAAGGAGCCUGGGACCGAGUCUCCCACUCUUCCUGAAAGACAGCAGGUCCAACGACCCUUGGUCAAGGACAAACUCUGGACUCGCGAGAUGGAUAAUCACCUGUGGAACACGUAUCAAAUGUACCUGCAAGACCCGACCAUCACCCCGUUCAAGCAGACCCCCGGCAGUAUUCCGCCAUUGGGCGUCACGGCCAGAGUUGCGCGUCGCGCGAAGCGCACCUGGGACAGCAGCAGACGAUUGUCCUUUGCGCCCACUCUCCCGACUCAAUCGAAUGAUCGCAGUGGCAGUUCCACUCCUCGCGCGCGGGAAUCCUCCGUGCAUCAUCCCGCGUGGCCCCGGUCGGAUGCAAAGACCCGUUGUCGACUCAAGCAUUUGUGCCGCCGCAAGUUCUCCAUUUCGCCUUACUACCACCGCAUCAUGCAGUCCCGUAGCCCGGAGCCCAUGGCCGACACGCUUGGUGUGCCUGCCGAGUCGCAUGUCCGUGACUUUGCCGGCAACACGAAUGCCUAUGCCACUCGCGAUCUGGGUGUCUCCCUUGUCUCGACCGAGCACUCGAACGUUCUGGCUCAGCUCGCCAAGGAGCCGGUACCGGGAGACUCGGGAUCAAGCUGGUUCAACAACGCCAUUGUGCCCGAAGCCUCGCCUGCUCUUCCGGCACCUCAACCUCCCACUCAGCUCUAUCAAUUCCCCGCAAUUGAUCCUCAUAAUGUGCCCCCUCGCUUGGGGUCACCUUUCGUUUACAGCACAUGGGGACCCGGGGGUUCUCGCCGCCAUGCCACGGAUGUUCCCCAGUCAGCCCGACGCGAGACUAUUCAUGUUCCUAACCGCCGUUUGCGUCGGGCCACCCAUCUGGAGACUACUCCGCGAGAUACGGAUGACGUAUUCACGAGCGAUGUGCAUGCCGAGAAGGAUGCCGAGGACGAAGAUGUUCAGACUCGCUUGGAGCAUUUCCUGCGUGAGAACAAGUUCCAAAGCAUUGGCAAGGGCCGGGUUCGCCUUCGUAACCGCGGUGCCACUACCUCUGGCGCCGUUGCACCUCGGGAUGUUGACCAGCUCUUUUCACCUCCUUCCUCUCUCAACUCCUCCCAAGCCGAAGGUGAGGAGACCACGCCCACCACCAAACCUCCCAUCAACCACUUCUUGAGCCUCGGCGGUGAGAACAUCAAGCGACUGGGUUCUCCCUUCAAGGUCGAGUCCGCUUUCAAGCGUCGAGAUGGACCUGGGCGGUUCAUCAGACAUGCACCCUCGCUGUCAGAACCAUUUCCCAAUGGCACUAUCACGCCGUACGCCGAGACGUCGACCAACCCGACUCCCUUCCAGGAGCAGAAGACCGCAGUACCGGUGCUGCGGAACCCCUUCGAGGAGGGCCUGUCGGAUGCCGAGCGCAUUCGCCGGCAGAUCCAGAACAUGUCCUCCCUGCGCCAGUAA